UUUAACAACAAGUUCGAAGUGUCAUCUUCAUGAUUUACCAAUUCCAUGGCGGCUGGCUGGAGAAAAGAGAGGAGGAACAGUCUCUUCAGCAAUAUCGUCGCACCCAUGGAAGAAUACCAGCGACUGCUGGCAGAAUUUAGUAAUUCUGAUUUGAGCAGCAUAUCUGAUGAUGAUGAUGACUGGCCUUCAUCUCCACUUCGGCGCAGAGAGCUCUUUCAUGAACUAUGUGCCAACACUGAGAGUUCAGCAUCUGAGUCUGAUGAAGAGAACAACAGAGAUGGAAAUGUUACCACCAGGUCCCCUGAAGUUACAAGUAGCACUGCAGCUGCCCAGACUGGACCCAGCAGAAAUCUCAAUACUAAUGGAUGUCAUCAUUUCAGGAGAAAUAUAAACUUCAAUCACAGAUUUACUGUAGAUGUUGAUAAUCAUUUUCAGGGAACUAAUUUUCAACCCACAGUUCUCUCCCCUCUAGAUUAUUUCAUGGCUUACCUCCCACCUGAAAUUUUAGAUGCAAUGACUCUAGAAACACAGAAAAAGUACAUGUCCAAAAAAGGAAAGCCAUUAUCACUAACAGUAGAUCAAAUGAAAGAGUUUAUAGGAAUAAAUUUCCUUAUGUCAGUGUUAAAAUUCCCUAGAAUUAAAAUGUACUGGCAAAAGAAAACAAGGAUUCUGUUAUAGCUGAUGCCAUGAGUCGUGACAUGUUUUCAGUAAUCAUAGCUUCUCUGAAAGUCUUUGAUGAGAGUCUGUUGAAUGCAGCACAGAGGAAAAUCAGACAGAUUUCAU